GGUCUUGGACUUUACCUAACCCCAUCGGAGAUUUCAAUUUCUCUUUCUUUUUCUCCAAGUCUGUGUUUUCUGAUCGGAAAUGGGCCGGAAGUUUUUCGUCGGCGGUAACUGGAAAUGCAAUGGAACCUCCGAGGAUGUGAAAAAGAUCGUGGCAACGCUUAAUGCUGGUCAACUGCCAUCCACUGACGUUGUUGAGGUAGUGGUGAGCCCUCCAUUUGUGUUUCUUACCUCUGUUAAGAGUGAAUUGAGGCCUGAAAUCCAAGUUGCGGCCCAAAAUUGUUGGGUCAAGAAAGGUGGUGCAUUCACCGGUGAAGUUAGUGCUGAGAUGCUCGCCAAUUUGUGCAUCCCUUGGGUCAUCCUAGGUCAUUCUGAAAGGAGAGCCUUAUUAAAUGAAACAAAUGAGUUUGUUGGAGACAAAGUUGCAUAUGCACUUUCUCAAGGUCUAAAGGUGAUUGCUUGUGUUGGGGAGACUCUUGAGCAACGAGAAGCUGGAACCACCAUGGAAGUUGUUGCUGCACAAACCAAGGCAAUUGCUGAUAAGAUCUCAAGUUGGGAUAAUGUUGUUUUGGCUUAUGAGCCAGUUUGGGCUAUUGGAACUGGAAAGGUUGCAUCUCCAGCUCAGGCUCAAGAAGUACACGCAGGACUGAGGAAAUGGUUUCAGGAAAACAUCAGCGCAGAUGUUGCUGCUACAACCAGGAUUAUAUAUGGAGGAUCCGUGAGUGGUUCGAAUUGCAAGGAAUUGGCAGGGCAAACAGAUGUUGAUGGUUUCUUAGUUGGUGGAGCAUCCCUCAAGCCGGAAUUCAUUGACAUCAUCAAGGCUGCUGAAGUGAAGAAGGCUUAAGUUUUUGUAUGUUUUAGCGAGGUCGUCCGCUAGCGUUUUUUUAAAAUUGUAUUUCAUGUAUUAAAUAAGCAUGACAAAUCUUGGUGAUCUAAAUGCUACAAGGUGAUACCCUUGUUUUUUUUUGGUCAAUAACUAAGCACUUGUAUUUUUGUGAAAAGCAUGAUGAACACCCACAAGUGGGUAUGAUUGAGUUGUUCUUUGG